AUGGGUUUAUUUUUUGCUUUAUUAUCACUUCAAGUGGUGAUUUUUGUGGGCCAACCCAUGGUAAAGAAAAAGCUCUCAGGAAACAGAGCCUACUGCCCUCUGCUGGUUUGUCCAUCUCAGCAUUCAAAUACAGGGCCAGAGGCCUUCAUGUCAUUAACAGGGGCCGCGUCUCGCGGCCGCUGGCCGGCCGGGCAUGGUGUUGGGCGCCGGUCCCGCCUCGCCUGUCUCGAGGUGUCCAGGGUAAAGGCAGCAGUAACGCUGACGCUGGCGAGCAAACUGAAGCGGGAUGAUGGUCUCAAAGGGUCCCGGACGUCAGCCACAGCCUCUGACUCCACGCGGAGGGUGUCUGUGAGAGACAGACUGCUCGUUAAAGAGGUUGCAGAACUUGAAGCUAACUUACCUUGUACAUGUAAAGUGCAUUUUCCUGAUCCAAACAAGCUUCAUUGCUUUCAGCUAACUGUAAGCCCAGAUGAGGGUUACUACCAGGGUGGAAAAUUUCAGUUUGAAACGGAAGUUCCUGAUGCAUACAACAUGGUGCCACCCAAAGUGAGAUGCUUGACCAGGAUCUGGCACCCCAACAUCACAGAGACGGGCGAGAUAUGUCUGAGUUUACUGAGGGAACAUUCGAUCGAUGGCACUGGCUGGGCCCCCACGAGGACAUUAAAGGAUGUUGUUUGGGGAUUAAACUCUUUGUUUACUGUUCUUCUGAACUUCGAUGACCCACUGAAUAUCGAGGCUGCAGAGCAUCACCUGAGGGACAAGGAGGACUUCCGGAACAAAGUGGAAGACUACAUUAAGCGGUACGCCAGAUGAUAGGAGGGGCGCCUGCAGCGUGGACUGUGCUAGAGGGUCAUCUUCAGCUCUCGAGGGGGCCUCCAUCCCAGUCCUCGCGCUCCAGCAGACCCACUGGCUCUGCUGGGUCCUGUGACAUGGCCUGCGGAGGAACCUCUUCAUGACUGCCCAUUGUAGACAGAGAGUUCCGCAUAAAUACAGCCAGAAAAUGAGUUUGGGCUCUAAAGAGUUGUCUGCUUACCUUAACAUGUUUACUUUGUGAACCUGUACUGUAUAGGCUGAGGAAAUGCUUGAGAAGUUGUAAUGAACUCAGAAUCGGAGCUUGCUUCUUACCUUCCCCCAAAUCACUUCCCUGCACAGCAAUGCCAAUGACCUGCCAAGAACUGGCAGGUGGGCGGUCCCAAGCCCGCUGCAAACUGUGAUUGGAUGCACAGUCUCUUAUCUCCUCCCACGAAUGUCAGCCCUGCCUCAGUGUCUGAGGCUUCCCAGAAUGCAGUCAUUCACUGUAGAUCUCUUACUGAAAUGCGUAUUUUAUUUAAUGUAAGUAUAUUUUGGAACAGAUUUGUAAUUUGUACAAUUUAAUGCUUUAAUUAUUUUUUUCUAUUCUCCUUUAGUUUGUAUUUUCAUUGUAUAGAGCAGACAGAAAGAUGUUGGGUCAAGCAAUUAUUGAA